ACGGUAGGCCAGCGAUGGUACACGACCCAAUACAAGGCCCCCAGUCUCCGGAGUACUAUAUCGGCCUCACCUUUGGAACAAAAACUUGUAGGCACGGAACAGAUGCCUCCCAUAGUGGAAGAUCGAGUGAUCUCAGGAGGAUUUGUGACUGUAAACGUGUAUUUUCAUGGCAUACUGGUACACAGUGAGAAGGAUGAUCUGUGCGACAAGACAUCUUGCCCGGUUCAAAUUGGUGACUUUGUCUUCCGAAACAAACAGGACCUUCCUUGGUUCACACCACCGGGCCCAUAUAUGGUUAAGCUUACGGCCUACGAUAGGGACGCGACGCUCCUUUUCUGCGCGGAGGUCAAAUUCAGAAUCACACUCUGAACUUUUCUGAAGAGACCCCUUCUUCAAGCUAUUCUCUAUUUAUGUGAGGUGAAGAUCGGUGGUGAAAAAGAAAUGAUCGAUGGUGGGGAAAAUAAAAAGGAUCGGUGGUGAAAAAAAGGAGAUCGGUGGAAAGAACAUCGGCAGAGUUUACCUUUUUCGGAAGUCUUUUUCGAGACGCUCCUUUUCUGUACGGAGGUCAAAUUCAGAAUCACACUCUGAGCUUUUCUGAAGAGACCCCUUCUUCAAGCUAUUCUCUAUUUAUGUGAGGUGAAGAUCGGUGGUGAAAAAGACACGAUCGAUGGUCCGGUGGUGAAAAAAAAGGAGAUCGGUGGAAAGAACAUCGCCAGAGUUUACCUUUUUCGGAAGUCUUUUUCCCCUUUCAAGCCGCAAGAAACAGAAGUUUUGUCUGGUGUUCUCGGCAUCGUUUUUCUUUCUUUUUUUUUACAUACAUAGCCUGGUCCAAACUAUUGGUGGGGAAAAAAUAUAUAUAUUGUUCCUGGCAUCGGGGAGAACAACUCUACAAAUGGGAGGAUCCACCCGGUUUAAAAAAAAAACAGGGGGGGGGGGGGGGGGCGGAAGUCCACCAGGAGGUACUGUAAUUAUGGAUGGGACCAUCCUAUUAUAUAAUCUGGAAGGCAAAAUAAGUAGUGAGUUCUUUUUCGCUCUGAUGCCGAUAGCUCACAGUGCAGUGAGACUAAUACCGAGAAGCAGUCUACACAGAACCAUACCGAGAAGCAGUCUAUACAGAACCAUACCGAGAAACAGUGUAUACAGAGCUAUGCUGACUAAUACCGAGAAGCAGUCUAUAGACUCUAUACAGAACUAUACAGAACUAUGCUGAUCCAUAUAGUCCACUACAGAACUGGGCUGAAACACUUGUGUUAGGUAAGGGGACAAGUGGGGGGCUACCCAUGGGUCGAUAGAAUAAUAGAUUCAGGCCUAGCUCCCAAGGUACCCUUGUGACGAGGCCCGGAAGAUAGUGCCUCAACCAGGGCUGGAAGGGGCUCCCAAAUAGUGCUGGUGCCCAUGAUCGUUGUCUGGUCAAGGUUGCUCCAAGCAGAGUGAUAUCCUUGAAAAAUGAGGUAGGACAGAAGGAGGUGGGGGUACACCAGGAAAUAUUGAGAGGUGGUGGGGACACUGGGGAGGGACUCAUGAAGCAAGUUUGCAGAAUAGGUAAUGAGUGAGUUGACUGUACUUGUGCAAAAGUAAGGGCCAGCAUACCGUUUUUGCCUUGUGUGUUUCACAAACUUUAGAGAUGGAGGUGUCUUUCUGAGAGCUGAUUGGGGUGCAAUAAACGUUGUCAAUUACUAUAAAUAUGUGUAAAGAGGACAUCUUCAUAAAUUGUGGGGACGAUCUUCGUUCUCAGCACUGAUGGAACAUGGUAGUGACAUACAGAGAAUGCUGCAGAACCUUAGAACAGUAGAACUCCACCUCUUUCCAAGGAUUGUCCCUGCUCAUCUCCUUCGAACCUCGUGGAGAGGGAAAUCAUGCAGGUUCCAUUGGGACUUCCUCCACACCUGGUGGAGAGGGAAACUGUGCAGGUUUCAUUGGGACUUCCUCCAAACUCG